GAAUUUCAACAAAUUAUCAUGUGACAGAAGGUCAAGGCCAUAUUCAGACUAGGAGUCACAGGAAUCUGUAAACGAUCAAGAUGGUUAAAUGUCCAAUUUGUGGUCCAAAACUUUCAAUAUGUUGCUCUAUAUUGAGCAUCUGGGGUAUUGUCAUGUUGGGACUGUUGGGGGUUUUCUACAAAAUUCACAGUGUGGCUCUCUUUGAAGACAUUCCCCUUUCAGCAGAAGAAUGGGCUAAAGGGAAUUACUCCAUGACAGAAAUCCACGAAAAAUUUGACCAAACAGCCUACAACUGUUUUAUUGCUGCAGGGAUUUACAUCUUGUUCUUCUUUUUUUCCUGCUGUCAACAGAGAAUGAACUCAAAAGCCAGCUAUGAAAUGUCUUAAAGGGACCACAGCAAAGUGUCUGACAAAAACAAUGAACAAUCCUAGUCUGCUAUCAUUAUUUUUUUUGUAGUUAAAAAGGACAAUAUUCAGUUAUUUAUUAGUGUUCAGUGAUAGUAAAGCAGAAAACAAAAGUACAUUUACCAUAUUUAAUCUUUAGGUGAAGAGCUCUAUAUGUAUUAUGUCAAAUUAUUGUUAUUUUUAGAGGGUAUCAAGGUAGCAUAUUUAUUAAAAGCAGUUACCAUGAAAAGGCUUUAUAAUAUUAAAGGAAUUUUAUAAGAAAAUACAUGAACAUGAAAUGGGUUAAAAUCUAGUUUUGCACAUUUAAAAGUUGAAAAAUAUAUUGUUUCUUGUCAAUUUUAAAAACUGCAGGAAAAAAUCAUUUUUAUUAAAGUAGAUUUUUCACUUCAUGCCAUGACCUUUGUAUGGUACCGUGUACAUCGCUAUACAUUUAACAUUCCAAUUCUGCAUGCCUGGACUAUACCGCUGCAUGGAAAAUAAUACAAGGACCGUACAUAUCUGGAAAAUCAGCUGAAGGACACAAUGAAAUCCUGCUAAUGUUUGGAAUGUGUGUAUUUGUUAUUAAGUGCUUGAUGUGUUUAGUUUACCUGUUCUUUUUCUGUGAUGACAACAAAUUGAAAAAUGUACAGCAUAUACCAGUUUAUAUAUAGAAAAGUGUGUUGUAAUCAAGAUUUUAGAUAGUGUAUGUCAAAUUAAAAACGGUAGUGUUACAAAUAAUUUUAAAAUCUUAUGUAAGAAUCUAUAAUGUAAGCUGAUGUUAUGUUGUGAUAUACUUGUUUUAAUUUGUAUGCAAUACAAAAUGAAAUAAAACUUAAAUAACCAGA